CCGGGGCCCGCCGUGCCGGCCGCGCCUCCCCGCCCAGGGCCUGGGGGUCUCCGCGGCGGUGACCUGAGCUUAGGCCCGUGUCGCCCGCUGGGCUCUAGCGUCCUCUCUGCACCGGGGGGCUUGAGGGCGGAACGCAGGUUAAAUAAGCUUUGUGACUUUCUGGGCUGGGUGGGGUCGUGGCCGGGGCCCUUAAAGCCGCCUCCCCCAAGCCACUAUCCCCGCAGGUCUCGCCAUGAGCGGCUCUGGAGGACCGAGGCCGGAAGCCGCAGGGCGCAAGGGUGGACGGGCUCCCAGACCCCGGGAACAGAACCGAGAUGUGCAACUGUCCAAGGCGCUGUCCUACGCCCUACGCCAUGGUGCCUUGAAGCUGGGGCUUCCCAUGGGGGCCGAUGGCUUCGUGCCCCUGGACCGGCUCCUGCGGCUGCCUCAGUUCCGAAGCUUCUCAGCUGAGGACGUGGAGCGUGUGGUGGAGACCAACGGGAAGCAGCGAUUUGCCUUGCAGCGGGGAGAGCCCAGCACCGGCCUCCUCAUCCGCGCCAAUCAGGGUCACUCCCUGCAGGUACCUGAGUUGGAGCUGAUGCCCUUGGAGACGCCACAGGCGCUGCCCCUGAUACUAGUCCAUGGUACAUUCUGGAAGCACUGGCCAUCCAUCUUGCUCAAGGGCUUGUCCUGUCAAGGAAGGACGCACAUCCACUUGGCCGCGGGACUGCCCGGGGACCCUGGUGUCAUCAGUGGCUUGCGUCCCAGCUGCGAAGUGGCUGUGUUCAUCGACGGGCCGCUGGCCCUGGCUGAUGGAAUCCCCUUCUUCCGCUCCGCCAAUGGGGUGAUCCUGACCCCAGGGAAUGGUGAUGGCUUCCUGCUCCCCAAGUACUUCAAGGAGGCCCUGCAGCUGCGCCCCAUCCGAAAGCCUCUCUCCUUGGUCAGUGAUAAAGAGACGGAACAUCAGAGUGGCCCUAGCACAACCUCAGUGGAAGAAAGAUGAUCCGACAAUAAAAUAUUUAUUAUUAUUUCUUAAAAAAUCUAGGGCUGGG